CUAUACACAACGACUUCUCCUAUAAAACCAUCAUCACCACAUCCCCACUCUUCACUAUCCAAAAAUAUCAAUCCGUCACUAAAAGUUAUUCUCUGUUUCUAGAGUUAAUUAGUAAUGGAGGGCAAGGAGGAAGAUGUUAGAUUGGGAGCUAAUAAGUUUAGAGAAACACAGCCUAUCGGGACGGCGGCUCAAAGUUUAGACGACAAGGAUUAUACGGAGCCGCCACCGGCACCAUUGUUUGAGCCAAGCGAGUUGACUUCGUGGUCGUUUUAUAGAGCUGGAAUUGCGGAGUUCAUAGCUACAUUUUUGUUCUUGUAUAUCUCUGUUUUGACGGUUAUGGGUGUCGUUAAAGCUCCGAGUAAGUGUUCUACUGUCGGUAUCCAAGGGAUCGCUUGGGCUUUUGGCGGCAUGAUCUUCGCUCUUGUUUACUGUACUGCUGGCAUUUCAGGAGGACAUAUAAACCCAGCAGUGACAUUUGGGCUAUUCUUGGCGAGAAAAUUGUCAUUGACAAGAGCUUUGUUCUACAUGGUGAUGCAGUGCCUUGGAGCCAUAUGCGGUGCUGGUGUCGUGAAAGGGUUUAUGGGCCGUCACGAAUAUACUAGAUUAGGUGGCGGUGCUAACAGUGUGGCUGCUGGUUAUACCAAGGGUGACGGGCUUGGUGCCGAGAUUGUUGGUACUUUUGUUCUUGUUUACACCGUCUUCUCUGCUACCGAUGCCAAACGUAGUGCUAGAGACUCUCAUGUUCCCAUUUUGGCCCCUCUGCCGAUUGGAUUUGCCGUUUUCUUGGUGCAUUUGGCGACAAUCCCAAUUACCGGAACUGGUAUUAACCCAGCUCGUAGUCUUGGUGCAGCCAUCAUCUUCAACGAGGAGAGAGGCUGGGACGAUCAUUGGAUUUUCUGGGUGGGUCCAUUCAUUGGAGCAGCUCUUGCAGCUCUCUAUCAUCAAGUUGUGAUCAGAGCCAUUCCUUUCAAGAAGUGAUCCAGAUGAUCUAUGAUGCAUAAAAUUGUGGCCGUUCGAUGUUUUAAGAUCAUGAUCAAGUUUGUUUCGUUCCCCUACCAGUUUGUCUAUUGUGCACCAAUAUUAAAUAUAUAUGAGCAAAUGUAAUAAUUUAUUAUAGUUUUCAUGUUUAUUUUAUCAUUGGCCUUUACCUUCUUUGUUUUUGUUUGAGGAAGGGAGCAUAAAAUGUACAUAUCAUGGGCAUGUAAUGUUCCUCUAUCAUGAAUGUUUGUUGUCUAUUUUGUUA